CCCCUCGUCUGCUGCUUCUGCUGCCCGACUAACCUUAACACCUGUACUUGACAGUCUCCAAAUAUCAGAAGUUUGUCUUGAAUUUUCUGUGAAAAAAAGAUGAGUCCAAGUGGCUCUUAAAGGAGACUGAAUCAGAUUUCUGUUUGGCGAGCGUUUCUUCUCCGUUUUAAGAUGGAACCGGACGACAUCGCUGCUUUGGAGAACUCCAAUACCCAAAAUGCAGAAAUCGUUAGUAUUUUGGGGAGUUUUCAGAAGAGGAAUUUGAGUAUGUUUUCUUUUCCUGAACUGGACCGAAACAGUUCUAGAGCUCGUCUUUGGAAAUGUCUCAUGCAACUCUUGAGUACACCUCUACCUGAGCAGCUAUUGAAAGAAAUUCUUGGGUGUUUACGGAUCCUUGGUCGUGACAAGAAGGGAUUGGAUGAUAUUAUUUGCGUUCAGCACAUUGAUCUACUCCUAAAGCAUGCAGGAAUAGUCAGUCAAGAGGAAGCUAUUAAACUUAUUAAUGAAAAGGAGAAUUUUGAAGUCAAUCUAGAGGCCUUGAAGUGCUUAAGCAACAUUGUCUUUAACUCACCAAAAGCACAGAAAAUAUGCGGUACAAACAACACCAUGGAGGGGAUUCUCAACCGCUUGCGUACAUAUAGAGAUCGUUCUUUCCCAGAUGAACUCAAGUAUUUUGAUAUGAAAAUGUUGUUUUUGGUGACAGCUUUGCACCAGGACAGCCGGGCUCAGUUGAAGGAGGAGCUUCAUGGAAUGACAUACCUGAUGGAGUUGAUUGACUAUGAAAUGAGUCAAGCUGUGGGUGAUCCUGAUUAUCAGGGUGCGGUUGGUGGCUUGCAUGCUCCUCUGAACAUAACAAAUGAACAGGGUCAACUACUGUGUGAAGUACUUAAAGUUCUCUUCAAUAUUUGCUGCAAAGACAAGGGACUUCACCUUGAUGAGGAAGCAGAAGCUCAUGGCCAACGGUUGGUCUGUAUCUUACGAGAUCUUCUACUUGCAUCCACAAGUACUCCAGAAAAGCGGCUUGAUCUUCAAAAUCACACAGUGAAUAUGCUAACAGCAGUACCAGCUCCAUGCCUCUCAUUUCUUGUGGCUCCACUUCCUGAGAAAGACAAUGGCAAUGGUGUUGUUGAAUUUGAGGGAAGUAACAUGGAAGCUGUUGCAGUUUUAUUGCACAUUUUACAAAAUAAACUUGAUGGUGCCGAAGAAGAGACUUCCACUCAAACAGAAUGCUUGGCCCCCAUUUUGACAGUUCUCAUUGAGUGUGCUCGGAAUCACCGCAUUUUGCGCAAGUUCCUUCGUCUUCAAAUUUUGCCUCCACUAAAGGAUACCCAUCGGCGUCCUGAAGAAGGCAAUACAAUUCGGAACCGUUUGUGCAAAUUUCUAACAUCUCCAUACACUCAGAUCAAGGAUUUAGUGGCUGAGCUACUUUUUAUUUUGUGCAAAGAAAAUGUUGGACGCAUGAUCAAGUACACUGGAUACGGUAAUGCUGCGGGCCUCUUGGCUAAUAGAGGUCUCUUAGCUGGACGCCGCGAUGACGACGAGGGCCCCAAUUACUCAUCUGAAAGUGAGGAUAGCGAUACAGAGGAAUACAAGAAAUAUCGACAUGAAAUGAACCCAGUAACUGGAUGCUGGGAGCCACCCCGAGAAAAUCCAAUGGAUGGAAUGUCUGAAGAGCAGAAGGAAUAUGAAGCAGUUCAACUCGCUAACCUGAUGGCAAAGCUUUCAAAUGAAGGAAUUGUUCAGCCUUGCCGCAUUGGUGAAGAUGGUCGCCCACAGCCAGUGGAUCAUAUCAUGCAGCUGCAAGAGGAGCUCCCUAGGCAACAGGUUCGAGCCUCUCAUCCCACAGAAGGUGAUGAAGACGUAUAAUCUAGUCUACUGUGCAUUCCAUGCCACAUUUCUUUUCCUCCUUGUGAUACAUUAAGUUAUUGUGUGUUUUUGUGUUCAGUGUGAAGUAAGUCUUCUCGUUUUCACUAACGAUUUUACAGACAUUUAUGUCUGAUUAGUAUCAAUUUGUAAAAUGAAUUGUAUAAUCUGAACUGACAAUUAUAAGAUUCAUCAUCAUAUAAGUCCCAUUUGUGUCAACAAUGGGAAAAUGAACACCUUAAUGGUUUCCUUAAUUUUAUAUUUAUUUAUUAUAAACAAGGAAAUAAUUAAUGGUGUCACUCUUAUAUCUGUUUCUUUUUGAAUGCAUUCGUUGUGGUUUCUAGGACAACAUUGGAGUCUGUAUAAAGCAGACCUGUGUAGAUCUUUCAGUACCUUAAUAAAUGAUAGUCUUUUUCUUAUCUAAAACCUGCCUCUUUGUAUUUUUCCAUGUUUUCAAAUGUAUCUAUUUGUCAUGUGUAUUUUGAGUCUGUGCAAUGUUUUCUCAUAGUUACCAUUGUAUUUUAGGAAACAUUUUUUACUUACCUACUUACAUUAGACCAUUUGAAUGGUGGUUGUUUGUAGCCCAGAAAUUUGGGUUCUAAGUGCACUACAGCGACUUAAAUCUCUUAAUCUCACCUCUCUGUGAAUUAAUAAAAAAUGAGCAAACAGUUCCUUCAAACCAA